AUGCAUCAACCCUUGGCUGAGAUGAAGGCUCACGUGCGUGCCGCUUCAGACCACAUGCUGUUGAUGUGGGCCAUUUCUUAG